UGUCAGUGGACGGGGAACUUUGUUCAUGUGCAAUGGUGUAGCGAAGCUCUACUAAUGGAAUGGUGAAUAACAAGCCCUGAAAAGCUGUAUUGGAAUGUAUAAUUAGGUUAUUAAUACACUUGGAAGUGGUGCAGGCAGCGUGUGGUGGUGUGUGAACGUUGCCUGAGUUGCAGUUCUUGACCUUUGUCAGAAAAUGGGAUGGGGUCAUCGGUGAUUUCAACACAACCAUAUUGUUGAUUUUAGCUUCGAGUGAAUCGGUGGAAAUACUCAUCGCGAGAGCCGUAAGUGGAUUAUCGUGACGAAUCACCGCGCAGUGCAAAUACGCGAGAUAGAGGGAGUUCGAAGUCCGUUUGGAGAUAAUUCGGGGAUGACAGUAUCGUGUCUGUCUCGCCUCCCGGUCAAGACCCUCCUCGUGACGUCACAGGGGUAGAUGAGUAAUCCUCCUCCAACGUCUCCAGCAGAUGUUGCAUAUACCACAGCGGAAAUAUCAGAUGUUGCAUUUACCACGAAGAAACAGAAGACGGAUGUGAAAGCGACAGCGGGUACUCCGGUGGAGCGUCGGGCACCAGUAGCGCCAGCAGGAGCAGCAGCCGCCAAAGCUCGGCUCCAGCUUCUGCUCCUCAAGGAAGAGCUCGACGUCAAGUAUCUGCUCCUCCAGGAAGAGCUCAGCCUCGAGCGUUGGGGGCCCGCCCUCUCCCGACGCCCUCGCCGCCGCCAUGAGCGUGCCCGACGUGGCUCUCAACAACAACAACAACAACAACACGACCAUCCCCGAGGGGACCAAGCCAGACCCUUCGGACGACGACCUCAAGCUGCUCGCCGCGCUGGAGGAAGCCAACAGGUCAGUCCUCGAGGCUCUUGUUCCGGGGUCGAACGGCAGGUAUCCCCAUACCCCCUGUCACCCCCAUAUUCCUCCGUCCCCAAUAACCCCAUACCCCCUGCCACUAGUAUUCCCAUACCCCUCUGCCCAGUAUCGCCAUGCCCCUCUGCCUUCAGUAUCCCCAUACCCCUGCCCCCAAUAACCCCAUACCCCGCUGGCUCCAGUACUCCCAUACCCCUUCCCACCAAUAUCCCCUGCCUCCCUGCCCCCCUCCCCCGGUUCCCAAAGCUUUAG